UGAUUAUCUUGCAACUGCAGUGCAGCAUAGAUAUUUGGACAUAUACCUUUACAGUUGGUACUGGCUCUGAUAAAAAAAGAAGAAGAAAGAAAAGCAAUUCUGUGGAGCUUUUGCUUUUGCAAGAUUCAGCUCAGGGAUUUCACAUUGCACAGCGUUUUAUAAUGGAUGAGUAUCUGGAUCACUUGUUUUCAUCCACAUCAUGGUCAGAUGUGAAUGUGAAGGAGGGAUCAUCUUGGAUUUGUGGUGAGCCUACCCAAACAAAUGGGAUGCUUUCAGAUUCAAUUGGAAUAUAUGAAGGUGACAAAAAAAACUCACCUGUUGGCAUGACUAAUUCAAACCUUAUGAUCGAGGGCUUGGUUACUCAAGAUACUUCAUCUAUUGUUCUUGGUGGAGAGUCUGAUCAUGGUCUUGGCAAGGGCUUACUUUUGGAAGAAGCUCCACGGCAGCAAGACCUUCAAAACACUGAAGGCACUUCCUCCUUCAAUGGAGCAGUGAAUGGCAGCUCACAAGUUGGAUAUGUGGGCCUGCAACUAAAUACUCCUACUUCAACCCCAUGCUCACUGGAUCUUGGCUCUCCCAAGCAGCUUUCGCUGAUUGGUGGCAUGUCUAGUUCAUCUCGUCCUUUCACUGAGCUGGAUCAUGUUGGGUGCAAUGGUAAUGAACCAUCUGAUUUUCAGAGAUCAGUUGGAAAUUUUCAAGCAUUGCCUCCAAUUCCACAGUUGUGGUCUCAACCAUCUUACGGGGGUGGUUCCUCCUUGUCUCCUGUUAUGGGAGAAUACAAGAUGCAGGGCUUUGGUCUGCAAGGAGAAUAUGUGGAUAAUGAAAUGGAUAUCAUGAGGAACAGAUACGUUGGGGAUGAAAUUCUGCAACUUGAUAACAUUUCUUCAGCAAUCCCCAUAAAGGGGAAAGAAGAGCAGCACACUCAUCCUUUCUCUCCUCCUGCGGUUGGGCCCCACAUGACAAUGACAGCAUCUGGAUUACAGUCUUUGCCACAGACUACGGUAGGUACUGCUUCUGGUGGCUGUAAUGGAACUGGAAAGCCGCGUGUAAGGGCUCGUCGAGGCCAGACCACUGAUCCUCACUGUAUUGCUGAAAGGCUUCGGAGAGAGAAAAUUGCUGAAAGGAUGAAGAACCUGCAAGAACUUGUUCCCAAUUCCAAUAAGACGGACAAAGCAUCUAUGCUCGACGAAAUCAUUGAGUACGUCAAAUUUCUUCAGCUCCAGGUCAAGGUACUAAGCAUGAGUAAGCUGGGGGCAGCAGAGGCAGUUGUUCCUCUCAUCACAGAUGGCCAAGCUGAGGUGCUAUACCCUUCUCUUUCUGUGAGCACAUAAAAACUUUUUCCUUCUUUUAGU